UUGACACGGAACAGACAGACAGAGCCUGUAUGUAUCCAGGAUGACCUGAAACAUCUGCCAUACAUACAUUCACAGCGAGGAAUAGAAGAACCACGGACAUUACAGUUAGGUUAUAUACUAAAGCGAGAACAGAAAAAAAAGUAUAUUUGUUAAUACGGCUUUUCCCUGUAUUCAGAUCGCGCGCUCUCUCUCUCUCUCUUGGUGCAGCAAGGUGACGCAGCGCUCGAGCCAGCAGCGAACCAGGUGACGACUUUUGCCGCAGGCAGCCGGUGCGCAACCAGCUUAGACAUCCACCACGGGAAUAAAACGGAAUAACUGUUUUCGGUGURGUUGUAGCCUAUAUGUGUGUGGAAACCGGGUCUCUGUGGGAUAGUAGUAUUAGUAUAAUUAUUAUUAUGCGUCGCUGUUCAAUAUGACGACGAAACGAAAGUCUGCUAAGCUCCAGCUGCGCCGGUCGAUCAGCGAGCAGCUGCGGGAUUCCACGUCCAAGGCUUGGGAUCUGCUGUGGAGGAAUGUCCGGGAGAGGCGCUUGGCAGAGAUCGAGGCCAAGGAGGCUUGUGAUUGGCUGAGGGCUGCAGGGUUCCCACAGUAUGCCCAGCUCUACGAAGGUGGGAGGCAAGGUAAACUGGAUUGGGAGCUACAGGAGAGCGGACUGACUGAUGAUUCAGACGACGAUGACCCGCUGGCCAUCAGUAAGAGAUGGACCUUUGAAUGGAACAGCCGGCGCUGGUCCCGCCUCCAGGARAUGCACUUCCUGCUGGGCUCUCCCAAUGAGAGCAGCCCUGAGGGGUGCCAGGGGGAGGGGCGACUGAGGAGCACGGUGAGCAGUGAGAGCGUCCUGACGGACCUCAGCGAACCAGAGAUCACGGAUAUAUCCUCUCUGCACAGUCAAGACUCUCUGGGAGCCAUGCUUCCUGACUCUUUCUCUAUGGCCUCACUGGCAGGACCCUACCAGCCCCCAGGAGACCUGUCCCACUACAACUCUCUACCAAUCAAAAGCAGCCGUCACGGCCAGGGUGGGCGGAGUCCGGCAAAGGCGUUCCUGCGUCGCAUGGAGAUGAUGCGUACCUGGGGACCGUCCUCCAAGAGGAAGUCAGGAAGUGGACGGGCGCCGCUCGUCAUCAGUGGGCCGGUCCUACAUGGGGAGGAGCCCCAGGCGUUACAGACACUCCACUGUGUUCCCAUCAAUCAAUCAGAGGACAGUCCUCAUCCUCCCCACCAAUCAGACGACAACUCGUCCCGUAUCGCUCUCGGCAACGGCAGCAAGGGCCAAUCGGUGACGAGCGGUGUGAGCUCCAUGCGCCCCUGUGUGAGGGAGUCUGUCUCCAAGCCAAAAAGAGGAAGUAUGUACCUGGAAGACAUGGAGCUGCUCUCUGGCGCCCCCCAUGUUCGGAGGACUGAAGCACAACAGAGCCCGUUCAGCAGGAACCACUUCCGCUCCUAUGAGGACCUGCUGGUCCACAUCCCCAAGAACCACAAACCAGGCACCUUCCCCAAAGCCUUGUCUAUAGAGAGUCUAGCCACAGCCACCAACCACCAGCACCAGACCCCCUCUCCCUCCCCACUCCACCCCAGCAAAGGCUCCCCCUGGACGGGUACGGCUCUGUCCAAGAAGCCUCCCUGUCCUGGAGCUCCGCGGGGCAGCAGGGUGAGUGUGUAUGACAACGUCCCCGGGUCUCACCUGUACGCGUCCACAGGUGACCUGCUGGAUCUGGACCGAGGCGAUCACCUGUUCCCCCACCUGGAUGACAUCAUCAGUCACAUCAGCGGCCUGCAGCAGAUCGUAGACCACUGGAGUCGCAGCGUGCUGCCGGAGGGUGGCGUGGGGGAGGAGGGGGAGGCAGGGGAGGGAAAGAGGGGUGAGGAUGAGGGGGAGGGAGAGGGAGAGGGGAGGACCACACCCAGUGAGGGGGAUGGAGAGGGGAGGACCAUGCCCAGUGAGGGGGAGAGAGACGGGGUCUCCCUGACUGACAUGGAGUCUACAGGGACCAGAGAGAGGAGAGACUCUGGAGUGGGAGCUUCCCUUACCAGACCACG